GCCACUUCACUAGAAGCAGAAGCACAUUGCAGUUGGCCAGUGAGGAAAUAUUUUUAGUUGUUUUCUCUUUGGUAGGGAUCUGAAGCGUACAAACGUUAAUAUUGGAUAUUUUAUUGUUUGACUGUCACAAUGUCCAGAGUUGCCAAUCUGUCGAAGCUGCGGCAAGAGAGGGUGAGGGAGAUCAACCUGCGGAAUAAAGAGAGAGAGCGCAUGAGGGAGCGAGAGAAGGCGGCAAGGGAGAGGGAGGCACGCUACAGCAACGGUCACCUCUUCACCUCACUGACAGUGUCAGGAACCACACUGUGCUCAGCAUGCAACAAGAGCAUUACUGCCAAGGAGGCGCUUAGCUGCCCUACAUGCAAUGUCACUAUCCACAACCGCUGUCGAGACACUUUGCCAAACUGCGCCAAAGUGAAACAGAGGCAGCAGAAGACGGCCCUAAUGCGGAAUAACUCACCCUUGCAGAAUGUCACGCUGCGCACAAAAACUCCAGGAAUGCGCGAGCGUCCAAGUUCAGCCAUCUAUCCUUCCGAAAGCUUCCGACAGACCCUGCUGGGAUCCCGCCGUGGUCGCUCCGGCCUGUCCCUGUCCAAGAGUGUGUCCACCAACAACAUUGCAGGGAUCCUGAAUGACGACUGUCCCCUGGGGCUGCGCAGGAUACUUUCCCAGUCCACAGACUCCCUCAGCUUCAGGAACAGAGCUAUGUCAGUGGAGUCUCUCAAUGACGAUGGAGACAUCUACUAUACUUCAGUGUUGGAGGAGAUGGAGCUGGAUGGACAGGACUUCAAGGCUGACUCAUGGAGCAUGGCUGUGGACAGCAGUUACCUGCAAGCACACCGCAAAAACAUCAUCAAGAGGCAGGAUGUCAUCUAUGAGCUGAUUCAGACAGAGCUGCACCACAUGCGAACGCUGCAUAUCAUGGAAAGGGUGUUCCGGCAGGGCAUGCUGGAGGAGCUUCAGCUGGACCUGUGCACCGUGCAUGCCAUGUUCCCCUGCCUGGACCAGCUGACCAGGAUACAUUCUCAUUUCCUGGCACAGCUUCUCCUGCGGCACAACAACAGUCUGCAGGCUGGAUCCUGCCGCAACUUCACCAUUCACCAGCUGGGAGACAUACUUCUAGAGCAGUUCUCAGGCCAGUGUGCAGAUGACAUGCGGAAGACCUACGCUGAGUUCUGUAGCCGCCACUUGAAGGCUGUCAAACUGUACAAGGAGCUGAUGGCCAGAGACAAGAAGUUCCAGUGCUUCAUACGGCGGGUGAGUCGUGGAUCCUUGCUACGUUGCCAUGGUGUUCAGGAGUGCAUCUUGUUGGUGACUCAGCGGAUCUCCAAGUAUCCUGUCCUUGUUCAGCGUAUUCUGGACAAUACCACCGAUGACGAAGAAGAAGCCUCCUCUCUGGCCCAGGCUAGCUUCAUGGUCAGAGAACUUCUGAGUUCAAUAGACCAACAGAUGGAGGACCUGGAGAAAACCCAGCGUCUGCAAGAGAUCCAGGCAAAGUUGGACCCGCGGGCUGAGGCGAGAGUUAGGGAUGGUGGACUUUUCAAGUCUGGAGAGUUGUUCCGGCGGAGACUUGUUCAUGAAGGUACCCUCUUCUGGAAAACUCCAGGAUCCCGGCUCAAAGAUACACAGGUCCUAUUGAUGACAGACAUCCUGGUGUUUCUGCAGGAGAAAGACCAGAGAUACAUCUUCCCAUGUCUGGACAAAUCUUCAGUCCUGUCCCUUCAGAACCUGAUAGUGAGGGAUAUAGCCAACCAGGAGCGAGGCAUGUUCCUCAUCAGCGACUUCUCUCCUCCGGAGAUGUAUGAGUUCCAUGCUGCCUCCAAGGAGGACAAGAAUGUCUGGAUACGCCACAUCCAGCGCACCGUCAGCAAGUGCCCAUCAAGAGAGGAGUUCCCCCUCAUAGAGACUGAGCACAAGGCCCAUCUGAGGAGACUCAAAGCUGACCUCCAGCAGAAGGACCGGGAGAUGCUGGAGCUCCUGCAGGAGAGGGUGACUCUGUUCUGUGAGCUGGCAGAGGUGACUAGUGGUCAGGAGGGCCUACAACCUCACAGCACUCGGUACCUGUUCAGGGCAGACACACCCCAGGCUCCCCGUGCAGAGAAACUCCUACUGGACGCCACAGCUGAGGUUGACAGGUUGAGUGAGCUCCUUCUGGGUUCCAGCGUGGACAUCCCUCUCCCGUGCCAUCACAACCACAUGGAGGGGGUAGACAGCAGUGAUCAGGAUCUAUUUGUCAAUGGAGCCCAUGAUUUCUUUGCAGCAAAGGACUGCAUGAGAAGUCAUGACAAGCCGCCGCCCGUGAUCUAUCAGAGGCUGGUGAAUCUCAGUGUGUAUCUCCAUGCACUGCAGGGUGCCGUCAUCAAACAAGAUUCCAUCUUGGAGCUGCUGCUGCAGCCACAGGAUACCAUGACGUCAGCUGCAGGAGGAAUGUGGCGCCCUCUCUGGCGAGAUGGUGGAAAUCGGGAAGCCAAUGCAGGUUCAACCAUUGGGGAGCUGGCUCUUUUGCAGAGACAACACAGCCUGCUGCAGGAGGAGCUGCUGAGGCUGCGUGAUGCUGAGAGCCGGUUCAAGGACAGCGAGAGGGCCCGGGUGAAGCUGGAGAGGCACGUCCGAAACAUGAAGGUCUGCAGCGGGGCUGCACCGGCCUCCCAUCAGCUGGAGGACCAAGCUUCACAACCUACAUCUCUGCAGCCACGAAGGGAGGUCUCAACUGGAGCUCACACCCGGUGGGCCAGCCAGGAACUUGCACAGCAAGCAGAUGGCCUCCAGGAUGGCAGUGAUUUUGAGGUAGACAUGACGUCAGAAGAUGAUGAUGGGACAGCAUCUGAAAGCUCCAAAGAUCUUCACGAUAUUCCAGAGGAGAUCUGAUCCCCGGCAUGUUUCACGGUGCUGAUCAGCUUUUAUAGCGACAGUUGAUUAUGAUGUAAACUGAUGUCAUCAGUUUACAUCAUAUAUAUAUCAUAUAUCAUCCAACGAUGCGCAUGUCUAUCUUUUCUGCAAGUCUUAAUGUUUAUUUAGCUGCUUUGCUUUUGAUUAGAUGGCUUGUGACACUGAGUUGUUUUAUUUUUCAGUUAUGAUUUAGAUGGUUUGAUGAUUUAAUUCCAUUACUCGGGGAAACUGAUGGAUAUUGCUAUAUGUGAAUCAAUGAAAUCUUAAGAGUCGACAAAAUGAACAUUAGGACUGAUGGUUAGGGUUGCUACUGUUUUCAUCAUAAGUAUUUGUUAUCUCUAAUCAUUUUUAUGUUGUGCGAAAAUAAUUUAAAUCAAAAGUAAUCAAAUAAGUAGGGGUCAUUAUUUACCCCCCAAAAAAAACAAUCAGGGAAUUUAUUAGAAUAUAGUUUAUAUAUUGAAAAAUUACAAUAGCAAUAACUAUUUGUAGUUUAAAUAUGGUUUCCUUACUGUCUGAAAAGACACCAUACACACUGGACAGAUAUUUCCCUCAGGAGGUUGUGGAGACCACGGUGGACACAAACACCACUACAAAUUAAUCAUCAUUCUUCCCUCUACCAGCUGGAUGUGUAAACAGGCAACCGUUUACUAACAAGUUCACCAUAUCAACCUAAGAAGGUGAUCAUUUGUCAGUCUUGUUUCCACAACUUGUCUCCGAUGCAGUUGCAGUUUAAAGGCUGAGAGGAAACUUUAAUUGGAAACUUAAGACAAUUUAUUACGUCACCACUCAGUCUCCAACAAAACCACAAACACAUAAACUGGUGAAAUGUCCACUGGAUUGUCUACAUUGUCUUCUUUAAAGCUACCAAAUAAUACAAUGAAAACAAUAUGUCCAAAGCCCUUCAAAAUGCAAAAAUACAAUCCAGGAAAAAGCAAUGCAUUGCAAAAGGGAAAAACAUCCAAAAAGAAAUCACACUCACUGGAAGUAGAGCAGGAAAUAAAUACUCUGGCCUUGGCUGUGUUUGCUGCUCAGUGUUUAUUGUCCUCAGAUCACACUGGUUUUCCUGUUCCUUCAGUUGGACGAGGUACCACCAUAUAAAAGAGCUAAAUGGGUUGUUUCAAUCCCUGGCAAGUUGGCAGUCUAUCCUCACCAAACAAAACCAACCCAAAUACCCUUUCCCUCUGUUCCACGGGCCACGCCCUCUUCCACCUUUGUGGAACAGAACACCUGAUUAGUGCCUUGUGGGAGCCGAUAAGUUAAAGCAGGGGAGAGAGGGACACACUGCCUCAGAGCUUUAACAUUGAAAGGUUUUUAACAUUACACUUUAUCCUGUCACAUUUGUGGCGUUGACUGUAAAUGACACUGGAAGACAACAGUAUGCACAGACAAGCUGGAAUGUUCUAAAUGAAGUCUUAAGAUUGUCAUACUAUCCCUGACAAACAGUUCGCCAAACUAAACAACAAAAAACAAAAUGUCAUCUUUGAUUCUAAAAGCAGUUUAUAGGUGAGUUAUGAUUCAUAGGUAAUUCUACAUAGGUAAACUUCCAAAUAGAGCACCGUAAGGUUGUGAGUUCAGCACCAGGGCUGCCACCAUUGUGCCCCUGAGCAAGGGACUUAACCCUGAGCUGCUCCAUGGAGACUGUCCCUGUAGUUAGUUCACUGCAAGUCUCUCUGGAUAAGAGCGUCUGCUGAAUGACAAAUAUAAAUGUGAUCCCUCAUCUAAUGUCAAUCAUCUAACACAACCUUUUUUUGUAUUUGGACACGCAUAGUAAAAGUCAAAAAACUUCAACUCCUUUAUGUUUGUUUAUAAUUGUCAGUCCUAAAACCUGGAUGGAUGCAUUAUUUAUGUCUUGUUCACACUCGCAGACAUAACAGCAGUGUUGUGAUUUUAAAGCAGCCGGACAAUGGUGGGCUCCUCAGAAGAUCCCUCAGCAGUUUCAGUUGAAAUAAAUGUGUCGCUGUGCCCCUCAGCCGUAUGAAGGGGUUCUAUUAGCAGAAAUACAUCCUUAUGCAGCUUUCUGGGAUGUCUGAAGCAACAUACUUAUAGGAGCUUUACAUUUUGAAAAUCAGUAGUCAGUUUGGUUGUUUUGCAUGUUUUCCAACCAACCUCUUUUCUUUUGACUGCAAUAUAAAUAACCUUUUAGCUUUAUUGUGGUUUUAUCCUGAACAUUUUUUAUUGAGUGUUAGGACUGGCGGAUUGCAGUCUGGUACCACCGAGAAAGUGGUGGCAAACUUACAUUCGUCUGCCAAAUGAAUGUAAUAUUAUCUUCAGGAUUUCGCUUUUCAGCGGAUUUUAUGUGUAAAUAUGGUGGAAAGUGGUUUGAACCCCUCUUUAAGUUUUGCAAAUGUUUCUGUGGCUGCAAAAUGAUUGUGAACCGUCAACAGUUAUCCUCAUAUUAGAACGUUCCAAAUGUAUGUUUACCUUUCUGCUAAAUGUACAAUCUCAGUGACAUCUCUCUGCAGGAUUAGUAUAAUGUUUGAUGGCAAAUAUUGUUCAAGGCCAACAUAGUAUUAUACUGUAUAGAAAGCAGACGCUGUAUUUGUCAGUGAACAGUGUAAGGCCUAAAAAAAGGACUGUAGUUACUUUUGCACACCCGUUUGUCAUUCAUGUGAAUUGUAUUACUAUAUAAAAAUAAAAAGGUUGUAAUACAAAA